AUGAGCGACUUCAACGUAGAAGAUUACAGCGACGUAACACUAUCACCACUAACAUCGGACGUUGAAAAUGAAUUAUGCAAGAUUAUGUACACUGAAGAGUAUAAGCAAUUGAUGGGGAUUGCAUUUACGUUAAUGAAACAAGAUGAAUUUUCUGACAGAGCAUUCCAAUUGACUUCUAAAAUCAUUGACAUUGCUCCCGCUUUUUAUACAAUUUGGAAUUAUCGUUACAAGAUUCUGGACGAUAAAGUGACUAGUUGUCGUGAAAAUGAUGAUGCUAGGAUCAAUUUAUUGAAUGACGAAUUGGAUUGGCUCGAUGAAGUCACUUUGAAUAACCCAAAAAAUUACCAGAUUUGGUCCUAUAGACAAUCUCUCCUGACUAACUUACAUCCAUCGCCUUCCAUUAAGAGAGAAUUACCUAUCUUACAACUAAUGAUCGAUGAUGAUAGUAAAAAUUAUCACGUCUGGUCAUACAGGAAAUGGUGUAUAAUUUUCUUCAAAAUCACUGAUUUCAAUAAGGAGUUGGAAUAUACCAAUUCUUUAAUUGAUUCCGAUAUUUACAAUAACAGUGCUUGGAAUCAUCGUAUGUUUAUUUUCAAAUCAAUUAAUCAAAGUGAAAAACUUGAUCAAUCAAUUAUAAACGGUGAAGUAGAUUACAUAAAGGGUAAGAUAGAAACUGUGCCACAGAAUAUCAGUCCAUGGAAUUAUUUACGUGGAUUUUUACAUAAUUUCUGUCACGAAACAACAGCAGUCAGUGAUUUAAUACCAUUUGCUGAAAAAUUCGUUAAUAUUGAAGAAAUUCAAAACCAGCAAUUACCAGAUAUCGAAUCAUCCUAUGCUCUUGAAUUCCUGGCAGAGGCAUUCUCACUUGAUGACUCUACAAAACAAAGAGCUGUCGAAUGUUACAAGGGUUUAGCAACAAAAUACGACCCAAUUAGAGAAAAUCUAUGGAAUCAUAAAAUAGAGCUCCUUAAAUAA